AUGCCUAAAGUGUCAAAGUAUGACAGAACUUCAGAUCCACAUAAGCACAUUACCACCUACACAGCAGCAGUGAAAGGAAAUGAUUUGGAUCCUCACGAAAUUGAGUCUGUGUUGCUGAAAAUAUUUGGUGAGACUCUCACGAGGGGAACUUUAACAUGGUAUUCAUUAUUGCCUGAGAAUUCCAUAUAUUCCUUUGAGAUGCUCGCGGAUUCUUUCAUCAAAGCUCACGCCGGUGCCAGAAAGGUACAAGCCCAAAAGGCUGACAUAUUCAGGAUAGCGCAGGGAGAAUCUGAAUUAGUACGAGAGUUCAUUACCCGGUUCCAUAAGAAAAGGAUGUUACUACCGGAAGUCCCAGAUGAAUGGGCGGCUGAAGCGUUCACCAAAGGUUUAAAUUCGAGAAGUUUGGAUGCUUCCCGGAAGUUGAAAGAAAUUCUGCUCGAGUUUCAAGCGACGACUUGGGAGAAUGUCCACAACCGGUACGAGUCGAAAAAAAGCAUCUAA